GCAGCAGCUGCUGCCUGUGCUAGCGAGAGCGAGCGUCUCAGGCCGUAACCGUCCUUUGCCAGGCGUUCUGCAUUGGCCUUGCUUGCCUUCUGUCAGUUAUGUUCAACUACGAGGAGGCCACCGCCUUUCUGGGCGAAUGGGGCCCCUUCCAGCGCCUCAUUUUCUUCCUGCUCAGCGCCAGCAUCAUCCCUAAUGGUUACACGGGGCUGUCCGCUGUCUUCUUGGCCGCCACCCCCGAGCACUGGUGUCGGAUACCUGCUAACGUCAACCUGAGCUCGGCGUGGCUCAACGCCAGCAUCCCUCUGGUGAAGCGCGGCGGGCGGCAGGUGCGGAGCCAGUGCAACCGCUACAAUCUCGAGGCCCUGCUCAACUUCUCGGCCGGCAACCUGGAGCCUGGCCGCGAUGUCAAUCUCAGCCAGGUGGGGCAGGAGAAGUGCCUGGACGGCUGGGAGUUCAGUCGAGAGUACUACGACAACACCAUUGUCACCGAGUGGAAACUUGUUUGUGACAAUGACUGGAAAGCACCACUAACUGUCUCCUUAUUGUUCGUGGGUGUGCUGUUGGGAUCCUUUAUAUCUGGACAGCUCUCAGACAGAUUUGGUCGGAAGAAUGUGCUGUUUAUAACAAUGGGGAUCCAGACUGCCUUCAGCUUUAUCCAGAUCUUCUCAACAAGCUGGGAGAUGUUUUCUGUUCUCUUUCUUAUUGUUGGAAUGGGUCAAAUAUCUAAUUAUGUGGCAGCGUUUGUUCUUGGUAUGUGAUUGUCUUUAUGUAAACAGACAUUCUCAAUAACCUGACCCCCUAGCUCAGUGAGGGGCAUCUUUAAUUUUUUUCUGUGUUCUCCACAGCAGUAUUUCCAACAUUGCUAACCAGAAUAUAAUUUUAAAAUAUAUCUGAUAAAGGCAGAACUGGUAGCCAACCUCCUUCUUUUAAACUUGCAUUUAACAUGUAUGUUUGUUGUAUACAACUAGAAUAAGCAUCUGAUAUGAGAUACCCUUCAACUCUUCUGAUGUUUUCCCUAUGCGCUAUCUUUCCAGCAAGGGCAUUAACCACAUUCAUACAACAUACGUCAUCUGGAAGAAGCAAUUUUAAUCCUCACUAAUGACCCUGAUGAUUGUAAUACACUUGCCAAUUGGUGAGCUUCUCAACCCUCCCCAGUCAUUUUUUUCAGCAAUGGUAGAUUAUUUCUCCUUAUUUAAAUAGUACUAUUUUUUUAAUAGCUGGCUCAAUAAUCUUGCAGGAGAGGAGGAAUUCUUCUCCCAUUGGAAAAUGCUUUUUAUCUUAGUGAUUCAAUCUCCUCUCCUCCAUCUCUUUCCUGUGAUUGUGUUUGUAGGUGUACCUGAGUCUCCUUUCUUCCUCUAUUCCCAUGUCUGAAUCUUCCUAUAGGGUGUUUUAAUUUCUCUGAAUGUCUUAUCCCUCUCUUUAUUUGUCCCUAUAUAAGUGUGUAAGUGCAUGUAUCUGUGGGAAAACAUGCUUCAAAUCCAGCACUGGUGGUAUCACUAUAUCUGUCAGCAACUGCUUAAAUAACCUUUUCCUGGGCUUAUACAGUAGCUGUGCAGGUUCUAGAGAAUCUGCAUUUAGUUAAGAUAGUGACAGCAUGGUGGAAGUACAUGCUCAUACCCUGCUGUCACUGCAUACCAUCUUCUGAACACAAAACACAUAGUUUUUCUGUGUACCUAUAAUGCAAACUACCAAAAAGUUGUGCCUUGAAAGAGCAACUGACAGGUAGAGCAAGAGUGUUCAGUCUGGCUCCAAAGAACCAAUUCAGAUCUGAUUCCGCAUUCCUUCAAGUAAGAAUGGUUGACAUACAGAUAGUCUUCGACUUACAACAAUUCAUUUAAUGACCGUUCAAAGUUAGAACAGCACUGAAAAAAAGUGA